CAAGGAGACUCCACAUUGCCCAAAGACGAGGAGUUUGAGUCUGCUGAAGUAACGUUUCCCUACAAAAUUCCUUUUAGAGAAAAACUGAUCUCCAAAGUCUGGAUAUCCGUCAACGGUUUGAUCAGCCUGGGACAACUCUUCGACAGUUUCGAUCCGUCAGACCCGAGCAACUUGACAGGAGACCCAGACAUCCUGGCGCCCUACUGGACAGACCUGAGCUCCGUGUCCAACGAUACUUCAGAUGUCUACUAUCAUCUGUACCAGAAACCACUCGGGAGGGGAACCCAGGGACAGACGGAAACACUGGACAGAGCCAGCCGGGAGGUACACUACCACCUGAACCACACACAGGGCGAGAGCAGCGAGUUCGAGGCUAUCUCUGUGCUGGUAGUCACAUGGUCGGAGAUGCUUCCGUUCCCAGAGGCUGGAGGAGCCAGAGAGCGAGCAAGCUUCCAGUGUGCCGUCAUCUCUGACGGGGUGUCUACCUAUGUGUCGUUUGCCUACGCCAAGGGGGGUAUGACGUUUGAUCCCAGCCAGAACCGGCGUGUUGCGGUGGGCUGGUCGGACCAGUUCUUUGGCGCGUCUGUCUACGACUUCAGCGACUUCGACAGGAAGAUCGGAAACGGAAACCAGGAAGGUUACUGGCUCUUCCUUGUCGGCGAAGGUGCGAACCCUGGGCUCAAGUGUCGGACGUUCGAGGCAGGCGAGAGCUUACCGGGUGUGCUGUACGCGAACGAUAUUAUACCGCAGUGUCCUUGCAACGCCAUCGACGCUCAGACGGCCAGUGGCUGGAUACUGGUGACCGGAAGUGACAUCACAGUUCUGGAAGAAGCAGAGUGUUAUGACUACUUCAACAGCCAGCAGUCAGUGGGAAGGCUUUGUUGUUCGGAGACCCGCACCUGAGCACGCUGGACGGCCGGACCUUUAUCCUACACGGCAUCGGGGAGUUCCGGCUUCUGGAGGUGGACAUUACGUCACAGGCCGGCAACGGUGACGUCAGGUUUCGACUUCAGAUUUUGGCAUCGAUGUUGCUUUGACCAGAAACAGCCUGACCUUGAGCGUGAGCGUCAUCCAGGUGUACUCUGGUAGAACGACAGGACUGUUGGGCAACUACAACGGAAACAGCGCAGACGACUUCAUCGGACCUGAUGGAACGACCUAUUCGAAUUCGAUGACCGACAAGGAGAUAUUCGAGUAUACCAAGACAUGGUCAGUAGACAACAGCAACAGCCUGUUCCAGUACGGCUUCGGACAGGACACCUCCAGCUUCACAGACCCGAGUUUUCUCCCCUUGUUCCUGGAAGACGUCACCAACAUCACCUUGCUCCAGGAGGCGGACAGUGUGUGUGGCGUGAGUGGACCCACCACAGACACGUGCCGCUAUGAGUACCUCGUCAGAGGUGACAAGACAAUCGCCUGGGAGGUGCAGCAGGAGUUAGAGGACUUCAUGAGGAUAGAGCGGGCGGCAUCAAACAAAGCCCCCACCCUCACUGGAGACACAGUGGUCAACGCGACAGUGGGAUCUGGUAGCAGGAUUACCCUGGAGGCCAGUGACCCAGAGGGCGCCCCUGUCACCUUUGACAUCCUCCAGACCCCGGGAUCUGGGCAGUUUGUGUACACAGUUAUAGGGUCCAACAAGAUUCUAGAUGGCUUCUUCACACCCAGUAGCACAGAGCCUGUCAGACUCGUGAUUGACGUCCAAGACGACCAGGGACUCCGGUCAGCGGCGCGGGAGAUUGACCUGCGGGUCUGUAACGGCUGUAGUGGGCGCGGGAACUGUGCCUGGGACGACUUCCAGAGGGUGGCGGGGUACCCCUACUUUGCCGUGGUGCCUUGUGAUUGUGAGGGGCCUUACUCUGGGGACGACUGUAGCUUGGACAAGGACGGAUGCCGGAGCAGACCUUGCCCUGAGCUGACCACCUGCACCGACGUGCCAGCCCUAGAGGAGAUGACCAGUGGUCAAGCGUAUAAGUGCAGCGACUGCCCGGCAGGUUACACCAGGUUCCAACAGGGGGAAACCUUCAAGUGUAAAGACGUGGAUGAGUGUGUGGGCGUGUCCCCCUCCCCCUGCCCCGCCCACGCCGACUGCAGCAACAGUGAGGGCAGUUACCUGUGUCAGUGUGUGUCUGGCUAUAGAGAGACGGGGGACGGCGCGUGUGUGGACGUGGACGAGUGUGUGGGUGUGCCCCCCUCCCCCUGCCACGCCCACGCCGACUGCAGCAACAGUGAGGGCAGUUACCUGUGUCAGUGUGUGUCUGGCUAUAGAGAGACGGGGGACGGCGCGUGUGUGGACGUGGACGAGUGUGUGGGUGUGCCCCCCUCCCCCUGCCACGCCCACGCCGACUGCAGCAACAGUGAGGGCAGUUACCUGUGUCAGUGUGUGUCUGGCUAUAGAGAGACGGGGGACGGCGCGUGUGUGGACGUGGACGAGUGUACAGAAUCCAGCCACAAGUGUGCCCAGCUGUGCACCAACACUCCCGGCGGCUACCAGUGUUCGUGUGAACAGGGCUUUAGAGUGUCUGGCCCCGACAGAAGGAACUGCUCGCGGCUACAAGACCAGGACCCGUGCAAACAGCUGGGGAGUAGCAAAAGUUGCUCGUACGGUUGUCGGGUGACGGACGGGCAGGCCCAGUGUUUCUGUGGGGCGGGGUUUGAGCUCAUGGCCGACGGCGUCUCUUGUCAAGACAUAGACGAGUGCUCCCAGCGGCUGUGUAGCCAGAGGUGUGACAACAGUGUGGGCGGGUACACCUGUUCCUGUCUGCCGGGCUAUCGUCUGUCUCAGGACGACCUGGCAUGUCAACCAUGCCCCGAGAACAGGUAUGGCGAGAACUGCCAGAGUGAGUGCCAGUGUAGAGGUCGCCAGGUGAGCUGUGACGCAACGCGUGGCUGUGUGUGCCGGCCCCAGUGGACGGGCGACGGGUGUGCUGUGGACGUGGACGAGUGUGCCCGGGUUCCAGCCCCGUGUAGGAAGGAUCAGCUGUGUGAGAACACGGCCGGGGACUUUGUCUGUGUCUGUCCGCCGGGCUAUGAGGAUGUGAGCGGGACGUGUGUUGACGUUGACGAGUGCAAAGACACAGAGGAGAGGAGGUGUCCCCAGACAUGUGUCAACGUACCCGGCUCUUUCUCCUGUGUGUGUCAACAGGGCUUUGAGUACAACCACAGGGACAACUCUUGUGACGACAUCGACGAGUGCGGCAGUCUGUCCUCCGGCGGUGAGCAGGCCUGUGUCAACACGUACGGCGGGUUUACGUGUGAGUGCUCUCUGGGCUUUGUGCUGCUGGACGACAGGAAGACACACCAACGAGUGCCUGGAGCCGGCACAGAACGAGUGCACACACAGCUGUGUCAACACACGGGGCUCCUACCUGUGUACCUGUCCUCUGGGCUUCCGCCUGCUCAAAGACCAGCGGACGUGUCAAGAAUGUGACUCAUUCCACUGGGGCGAGGACUGCAGGAAUCAGUGUAACUGUUUCGUCCCGGGAACUGCUCGCUGUGACGCCGUCACAGGAUGUGUAUGCCAUGACGGCUGGAGGGGCGUGACGUGUGACCGUGACGUGGACGAAUGCUCCGCCUCUGUGCCUGUGUGCCCCGUGUCGGCGGAGUGUCGGAACAGCUACGGGGGCUACACGUGUGUGUGCAGGGAGGGCUAUACAGCACAGGCGGGGGGUGGGGGCGGGCUCAGCUGUGAGGACAUCAACGAGUGUGACAACUCCCCGUGUGAUCACACGUGCGUCAAUACGGUGGGCAGUUACCAGUGCACGUGCUUUUCCGGCUUCAGACCUGAGGGAGACAGAUGUGUGG